CGGGCCGGCGUCCGCGCUCCUCCCCGGCCCCAGCCCGUUCUGCCCGCACCGGGCCCGGCGUGCCGCCCGCACUCGGACCCUCUCGCGGCCCCGGGCGCGCCCGCGUCGCAUCCGGAGUUACCGGCCCGCCGGCGAUGGCGGCCGCGGGGGGCGCCCGGCUCCUGCGCGCCUCCUCCGCGGCCCUGGGCGGCGCGGCCCGCCGCUGGCUGCUGGGCGGCGCGGCUCGCGUGGGAGCGGGCGGCCGCCCGGGGAGCCGGCCGCUCGGCCUGUCGGCCGCGGCGCGCUGCAGCUCAGAAGAUAAAAUAACAGUCCACUUUUUAAACCGUGACGGUGAAAUAUUAACAACCAAAGGAAAAAUCGGUGACUCUCUGCUAGAUGUUGUGAUUGAAAAUAAUCUAGAUAUUGAUGGUUUUGGUGCAUGUGAGGGAACCUUGGCUUGCUCCACCUGCCACCUCAUCUUUGAAAAGCACAUAUACGACAAAUUAGAAGCAAUCACUGAUGAGGAGAAUGACAUGCUUGAUCUGGCGUACGGGCUAACGGAUAGAUCCCGGUUGGGCUGCCAAAUCUGUUUGACAAAGGCUAUGGACAAAAUGACUGUUCAAGUACCAGAUGCCAUGUCUGAUGCCAGACAAUCCAUUGAUAUGGGCAAGACCUCCUAAGAUAGAAUAAAUGGGAAUAUUUUCACAAAAUUUUACCUAUUUUUAUAAUUAUUAUUUCUUAAUUAAAUGAGAGCAUGGAUGAAUGGGUUUACUAUUAUGACCUGCUUUACUACUUUAAUUCACCUUGUAUAACUACUGAAUUUUGUAGUCUGAAAGUAUGCAGUCUUUAUUUUGUUUAAAUUAUAGGAAGCAAAUCAAAUGUUAGAAAACAUGUGAUAAAAUGGUACAUAUUUUACCUUAUAUUUGUUUAGCAACUUCAGCAAAAUGUUUUCACAUGAAUUCCAUGCCUAUUUGCCUAUAAAGUAGGCUUAAAAAGGCACUGUUCCUGUGAGAUGUGGGUGAAGGCAGAGAUCCAAGAUCGCUUGUCUAGGGCCAUACAGUGAAUUAGAAAAUCUGUACCAGAACCCACAUCCUUUUACUACAAAUUUAAUGUUUAGAUUGAAACUGAAGAAAUUAUGAAUAUCUUAUUUAGAAUAAUAAUUAGUGUGAAUGUGAAUGGAAAAAGAACUGUUGCUUUGUUCACUGAUUAAUUUCAAAGACAGUUGUAACCUUAUAAAUAAAUAUUUCAAAAUUUUA